AUGGAGGGUACAACUCUAUGCUCAGGCUUAAACAUCAAACCACCCACCUUCUCAAAAGGGAGGUAUGCUCGCACACUAUACAACGAUUCUGAACAGAAAAUAGUUUGGACUGUUGCUAAUGAUAGCAAAGAUUGCUUGCAAAUGAUCUACAGUUGGAAGCAUUCAUCCAAAGCAAAAUGGAUGAGUCUUCAUCAGAAGGUUUACUGUGCUAAACCAUGUAGACAAAUAGCUGACCAUGGUGCUACAAAAGUGUUAUCAUUGGGAUUAGCUCAUAAGUCUUUUCAAUUUUGUUUAAGCUGUUAUUCAUUUAAGCAGGGUGAGGACAGGUGGCAGCUUUAG